AUGUCGCGGCCCCAAGUCGGCAUCGACCGCCUGCCGCAGCGCCGCCUCAGCACCGAGCCGAGGGAGGCAAUGAACUGCAAGAGCUGCCGCAAACGCAAGAUCAAGUGCAACCGCCUGCGUCCCACGUGCGAGGCCUGCAAGGUCUUCGAGUGCCCGUGUAUCUAUGACGCCGUCCCCAAAAAGCGCGGCCCCAAGACAGAUGCCAUCGAGGCCCUCCUCAAGCGUGUCGACAGCCUCGAGAAACGCCUCCAUGAAGAAAGCAAAGACAAGCAGCCGUCCGACAAGAAUGACGACCCGCCCGUCGAGGACUUCAACGCCCCGCAGCAGCCCUCAAAACCACCCCAGCCUUCUCCGUCGAUAGCGCAGAAACCGUCCAUAGGCAUCAAUCCUAAUGCUAACAUCUCGACAACCUCCAUUUCCCCCACCGAUGUCAGUCAGCCCACUCCUUUCCAGCGCCCGGACGUCCUGCUCGAUACGUACUUCGCCCGCGUCCACGGCAAGCCCUAUUACAUCCUGGACGAACUUACCACCCGACAACGUCUGCAGCAUCACCAGCUCCCCACUCACUUGGCAUAUGCCAUUUAUGCAGUGAGCGCGCGAUAUUCAUCCCAUCCUGCGGGCUACAGUGCCGCGGUCCGUGCUAGCGAAGACUAUGCCGCUCGCGCCCGCGCCGAACUUGAUACGGAUGAACCGUCGAUAGAGGCUCUGCAAACGCUGCUCCUGCUUGCUAUGGCGAACUAUCAAUCCGGGCGGGGCAAGAAGGCGUAUAUGCUUCUGAAACUCGUGGAAAUUGGAAGGGCGUCAUCAAUCAUUGAUUGGCCAGCAUUUGUGGGUUACUGUGUCGGCACAGCCGGCACCAUCCACGUCCAUGGUGCUCAUUACCGAGGCCGGGAAGGAGAGGUCUACUCAUCAAGUCCGGAGCUUCUUUCUAGGGAAAUGCAGCAGCUUGCGGAACUUCGUUUCAUCUGGGCUGGUGUGCAACAUCAGCGGGACACCCUUCAGUGGAUCUAUGGCUGCCACUCUGAACUCGUCAAGUCAAUGGCAGGCAACGCGAUGCGAUUCUCACCAACCUUGGAUCUUGAGGAUUUCUUUGACAGGUACCCUGGUCAUGCAAUUGAUGGGGCACACGUCACGUUCCAGGAUCUUUCUCAUGACUCCAUACGUGAGAGCGUAUCGCUGUAUGCCGCUUCCCCGCAGAAUCCCUACUACGGCGCCAAUUCUUUCCCCUUGCCAGCCCAGCCUCCCUUGCUCCCAUCGCAACCCAACCAAUCUCCGACAAGUCCGCUCGAGCGGCGCCGGAAACGCCGAUGCACAGUAGCUUCCUCAGCGUCGGGACAUUCCAGCACCAACACCGGCUCGAACAACCCCAACAUUAAGUCUGAAGAGGUAACAAACGGAGGUAGUGUUUCAGCCUCUACGUCAAACGACCAAAAUGGUUCUACCCACAAUCAAACCGCUUCGCCGGAGGUUCCACAUCAUCAACCCCAGCAACAGCAACACAACCAGAACCAUCUCAAUCUUGGGGCAAACAACGACAGCAACUCACAUCUCCAGGCUUUCCAACAACAGCAAGUUAUUACCCCAUUCUCGCCCAACUUCACCUUCUCUGCUGCCUUCACGCCGGAUCCGAGUGGCACCUCGGCGAAUCAUAACAGCAACGAGGGACAAUACGACCCAGUAUUCGGCAUGCCUACCCCGUACGAGCAACAAAGGACGCCAGGUGCGGCCAGCGCAACGGGCAGCAACCAUACAGAGGCGAGCUCAGAGAAGGAUCCCUUCUUGACACUCCUCGAGCAACUCGCAGAAAACGAGCAGAGUAGGGGUGGGCCCAGCGAGUUGGACUUUUUUCUGAGUGGGACGCAGUGA